AUGGCUCUUUUCUGUACCUGCCUGCUGUUUCUCUUGGCAUCAGUCAUUCAUAUUCAAGCACAGACCCCAGUCUGUUCUGUAGAUAACGACAGUCCAGAAGUAGAGGAGAACAACCCUCCCGGGAUUGUAGUUGCCAACGUCGCCACAGCUGCUGGCAUCACAGUAAUGAUUGACCCCACAUCAGAUUCCUCUUCGUGGUUUGAGAUGAAUGGCACAAAACUAGUCCUGAAGUAUUCUGUGGAUUUUGAGAGUGUUACAGCGCUACUUGUAAGACUACAGUGUAUGAGAGGCAGUUCAGUGGAACACGAUCUUUUCAUUGCAGUGACUAUUCUCAAUGUGAAUGAUAACCCUCCUGUCUUUAAGGAGACUAACAUCACAGUCAAUGUUAAUGAGGAUGCAAAAGUGAACACAGUUGUUGUGCCCCAGGCAAAUGUAACCGCUACAGAUGCUGACCAGGAUAUAAUAUAUUACAGUCUUAAAGGAAAUCCAGAAGCAAUGGACUAUUUCAAUAUAGGAGGAGUUAAUAACCCACAAAUUUACCUGCAAAAAGCCCUGGAUUAUGAAAAAAUUAAUUUUAUGGAAUUUAUGCUGUAUGCCAUGGAUGGGAAGGUCAAUGCCUCAGGUACCCACACAGCCACUGCAACAAUAACUGUACACAUCAUACCGGCUGACCUCAGACCUCCCUGGUUUCAGCCCUGCACUUCCAUAGCAGGAGGCACAUUGUGUCUCAGCCUUGGCUACACUGGCAGGGUCAACAUUGCAGAGCAUGUGACUGGACCCUUGAUCCUGGAGCCAGGACCCCUCUAUGCUGUUGAUGGAGACAAAGGUUUGAAUGAAAAAAUAGAAUAUGUCAUAAUUGGCGGAAACGAUGACAACACAUUCUCAGUAAACCAGUUCACUGGGAACAUAACAAUGAACAAGCCUGUAAAUACUCUAAAGACAUUUACAUUGUAUGUCAUGGCUCUCCAAGUCAACAACCCACUCAGAUAUUCCCAGACUACAGUGGCAAUCAAGGUUGUAUAUAGAAAUGAUCAUGAGCCCUAUUUUGAGAAAACCAAUUACGCAGGAACAGUGUCUGUGGACCUGCCGGUUUCCAGCCUGGUCAUGGAGGCCGAAACACCUUCAAAACCUCUGAAGAUCUUUGCGGCUGAUAAGGACUACCCUGACAAUGUCAACCCUAAUAUUGAAUACCAAAUCCAAAACAGCACGGAUUUCAUUGUUACUAAAGAUGGAUUUCUUCUUACCAAUGCUGUUCUGAAUGUGGCUUCCAAAAUCACACUUGGGGCUAUCGCUAAUGAUACGGCAACUCAGCAAGUGGCACACACCCUGAUCAUUGUACAUGUCACACCUUUGGCAAGUGCAACUACUCUUCCUACUACUACUGCUACUGCUACUGCUACUGCUACUACUACUACUACUACUACUACUACUACUACUACCACCACCACCACCACCACCGCUGCGCCUGCCAUCCCAGGAACAGGGAUCACUAUUUCAAGUACAUCCAGGAAUCCUGGCAUUGCAGGGACCACAGGGAAGCCUGUGACAGGUACAGUGCCUGGCUCAAUCAUCCCUCCUGGUGUAACUACAGUAAAGCCUCCCAUCACCACAAUUAACACUUCACAACCUCAGACCACCAAAUUCUCUGUCACAGGGAUAAGCCACGCAACUGUUGGACCUGUCCAGUCUACUGCUCAAACACCUCUGUCUGGAGCCACCAAGCCUUCCAUAACUAUGUCCACAGAUAGGACUGUCCAAACUAAAACGUCUUCCCCAACUGGAACCACCAAGCCUCCCAUAGCAAGUGUAAGCCCGACAACAGAUGGUAUUAGACAUACAACUGCUAGACGGUCUUCUCAAUCUGGAACCACCAAGCCUUCUAUUCCUAAGCCAACUGGUCAGUCCACUGUUCUAAUUUCUUCUCAUACAGGAGCAGCCCAAACUUCCACAGCAAAUGCAAUGCUAACAUCUAGUAAAACUACACAGUUGACAAGUCCUAAAUCUACUGUAGCAGGUAUGACUUCAACAACCACUCUUACAUCUUCUGAAGUCUCAGAAAGCACCCAGAGUAAAAUAACUCCACCAUCACAGCCUGUGGAUUCUCAACCAUCUCCUGCAACAGAUUCUACAGCAGGUGAAGAUGGCAGUCCCAUAUAUACACCAAAGCAUAUGGCGGCACUGGGUGCCACUUUGGGAAUUGUUUUGGCAAUUGCAUUAGUGCUGCUCGGUCUGAUCUCCUACAAGUAUUGCACACUGCUAAAGAAACAGGAGCAGGGAGGAGACAGCAGCAGUUCCAUUGCAGGCUUCUCCAAUGGAAACUUCUACAGUGAUUUGAGACCUAACUUAGAUGACAAUGACAAGCAUUCGCUAGUAAGUGUUGUAUCUGAAAAUGAUAGCCCAGUGACCCAGGUGCGGCCAGGCACCCCUCCCUUGAAGAAGGCAGUGGAAAGCAGCCAGGCAUCCGCAGCUUCUGGAGCUCUUGAGGAGGGUGAAGAUGAUGGUGAGGAAACAGACAGUGAAAAGGAAGUAAAAUCCAUACUCACGAAAGACAGGAGGGUGGCAGAUGAUGGCUACAAGGCUGUGUGGUUCAAAGAAGACAUUGACCCAGAAUCCAAAGAGGAUAUUGUGGUGAUUGAAGAGGACAGUGAUGCAGAACAGAACGGGAAUGAGAGUGACGGUGACAAUGAUGAGGAUGGCAAUGAUGAUGUCGACAACAACACCAGUGCUUACGGUGGAGACAGUGAUGACAAUAAUGAGGGCAAUGGCAAUGACAAUGAUCGUGGCAAAGGUGGCAGUGAUGUGUCCAUUCCAGUAGCAGCUUGGCCCCCUGGAACUGAUCCUAGUGUCAGCCAAACUUAUGAUAAUGCAGAAGAAAAUGAUAUUUUUUUGUGAAGUUAACAAAGUCAAAUUUCCUUUGUGGGAUAUUGUAAGAAGAUUGAUGGGAGGUUUGGGGUGCUUCCCCCUUCCCCGGUCAGGUGUUUCUAGCUUAGGGGUAUGUACAACCUAACCAGUUCAAUCAAACCAGCUGGCCGGUCUGGUCCAUUUGACUGAACCAGUUUGGUGGUUCAAGAGGCAAUACUUGUAAAUGGGAAUCCACUGAGCGGUGGGGGAAUCCACUCAAGGGUGGUGGGGGAGUGGCAGGAAAGGUGGUCAAAGAUGAUUGCCAGCCUGGCCUGACCUGACCUGGUGCGGCUGCCGGCACUGAUGCUUGCUGCCCCCGCCCCAAAGCAGCCCAAGCGCAAGAUCCCUUCUUUAAGCAGGCCACCCACAUGGCAGUGGCACGGUUCCAGAUGUGCAGAGGCUGGAACCACAGCACUGUCACACAGAAGUCCUGUUUAAAGUGGCAUCUGGCACUUGGGCUGCAGUGGGCCGGUAAGCACCUUAGACUACCUCUCUCGUGGCUCCCCUGCCACUGCCUUACAAUGUCAAACUGGUCCACUCAAGCAGGGCUUGGUUCUGUUUCAUCAUGGAUCAUGGACCAAACUGGCCCCAGUUCAGAUCAUGAUCAAGCUGCUGAACUGACCCAAUUUGAUGCAAACUGGUUCAACAUCAGACAAUUCGUGCACACCCAUAUUCUGUCUAUUUGCUGAAUUGUGUGAUUCUGGACUCUUAAUGAGCAGAGUCUUUCAGAAAGGCGUAUGUGCAAUCUCGUCCCUCAGGAAUGUAUCACACCUGCCCCAAGCAUGUAACUGAUAGUUGAUAAAGUCUUAGGGAAUCAUUCUGAAAAUCUAGUUCAUGCAUGGAUUGUGACGAUCUCCUCUGUGCAGGCGCACCUCGCAUUUGCUUAAGGACGCUGACCCAAAUGGAUGGGUGCAGCGUUGUUCCUGCUCCCACCCCACCACUGCUUGGGGAGGGGGGAGAAGGGAGAAGGACUGCUCCACUCCCCCCACCCCCACAGCUAACCCUUGGGUGCGGUAAGAGGUUUUUUUUAAAAAAAAAAUGGAGCUUUGGCAGGACGGGUGCAGAGAGGCUUCUGGAAGCCCCUGGCUCUGGCUAUUUGGAGGCUCCCCUGGAUCUCGGAGGACCAGACCGGGUCCCCAAGGUCCGGGGGUUAGUGCAACUCUGCAGUUACCCACCAAAGUUAAUCUUUGGAGAAAUUUAUUAAGAGCAAUUCAGUAUUGGAAUAAGCUGUCUAGUGAGCAAGUCUAGAAUGUUAUUUACAAAAAUGUGUUGUUGUUUUUUAAAAAAACAGGGAAAUGAAUUCAUACUAGUUUAAUGUCUUCUUCACAAAUGUGUAAUUCCCUUGGAACAUUGUUAGUGUGGCCCAGUAGAUAAAUAGUUGAACUUAGAUCCAAGAGCCAUAGAUUUGUCCCAUCUCUGCCAUGAAUUUAACUUAUGAUCUUGGGCACGUCACUCUCCAGCUGUGAAACUAGAUGAAUAGUGCCAGGUAGCAAACAGGGCCAGUCCACUAAUGAGGCUGAGGCAGCCUCUCAGGCAGCUGAUUGACAGAGAUGGCACCAGGUACCCUAUGGCCACUAGCUGCCUUGUUUUCUCCACUCUGGUGCCCUCCUUACCUGGUUGUGGCAGCAGUGCCUCCACAGGUCUGUUGUCGCUCCUUCUCCUCUUGCUUCUGCUCUCAAGCUUUUGAAAAGGCAGAGGGUGGGGAAUGGAGAGCAGAAGGAACUGUGGAGGAAUAGAGUGGUGGGUGUUCCACUACCUAUUCCCCUUCUUCUGCUUUUUCAGAAGCCACAGAGCAGGGGUGGGGAGGUAGAGUGGUGGUGGUGGCAGCAGGAGGAGGAGGAAAGGGAAAGACCCCCCCCCCGCCAUCAUCUGAGACUGAAGAUUUCCUCCUUUGCUGGCACAGGGAGAGGAAGAGUGGAGCACAGCACCUUCUGCACACCACCAGGGUGCUUUCUGGACUGCAAGCUUUAGCACGGGAGGAAGUGGUGUAAGAUCUCAUGAUUCUGUAUGAUCGUAUUAAAAGCGUGAAUAAAGGAAAUAAACAGAUUAUUGCAUAGUUUGUAGUAAAGCUGGGGCUAUUCAUAUUCCCAUCCCUUA